AUGCACUUCAACACCAUGAUCCAACAUGCCAAGUCUCGCACCAGGAGCCAGGCGGGCUCAGAUACUACGAAGCUGGCCUCUCCGUCCUCUAUUCCUCGAGAUCCAUUCCCCUUUCAGACACCUCCUGGCCAUCGCGUCAGCAGCCUACCGGCCGUCAUCAGCAAGCUGGAAAAUCCCGGAACCAUAGUGCAGCCUUAUGGACCUCCCCCGAGCUCCAAGGCGCCAAUGCUGCCGAUGACGAAACCCCUCAACUACGAGGAGCUGUAUCCGAAGAGUCCGACACCACCUCCUCCUGAGCCCAAGCCCAAACACAAGCCUGAGCCUGAGCCUGAGCCAAUGGUUGCCGAAGAAGCUUCGGCCAAGAAAGUAGACGACUCUUCAAACGGUAUUGACAACAUCCCCAACCCCCAGCCGGCGGCGCCAGGCGCGCAGCUUGACAACCCUUCGUCAGCCGGAUCAGAGGUUUCUCGCCAGACACCUUCUGACACCAAGGCCGCAGCUCCCCAACAAGCUAGCAGCACCGACAAUAAGAACAUCAUCCGCCGCAAGCUCACAGGCUAUGUCGGCUUCGCCAACCUGCCCAACCAGUGGCACCGCAAGAGCGUCCGCAAGGGCUUUAACUUCAACGUGAUGGUCGUCGGUGAAUCUGGUCUCGGAAAGUCGACUCUGGUUAACACCCUCUUCAACACCUCCCUGUACCCCCCAAAGGAGCGCAAAGGUCCCAGCCUGGACAUCGUGCCCAAGACCGUUCAGAUCCAGUCUAUCAGCGCGGAUAUUGAGGAGGCGGGCGUCCGUCUGCGGCUGACCGUCGUCGAUACCCCCGGUUUUGGUGACUUCGUCAACAACGAUGAGUCCUGGAGGCCUAUUGUCGACAACAUUGAGCAGCGCUUCGAUGCUUAUCUCGAUGCCGAGAACAAGAUCAACCGCCACAAUAUUGUCGACAACCGCAUCCAUGCCUGCGUCUACUUCAUCCAGCCCACGGGCCACUCCCUGAAACCCCUCGAUAUCGAGGUCAUGAAGCGCCUCCACACCAAGGUCAACCUGAUCCCUGUCAUUGCCAAGGCCGAUACUCUGACCGAUGAGGAGGUUACUGCCUUCAAGCAGAGGAUUCUCGCCGAUAUCAAGUACCACAACAUUCAGAUCUUCGAGGGUCCCCGCUACGAGCUGGACGACGAGGAGACGAUCGCCGAGAACAACGAGAUCAUGUCGAAGGUUCCCUUCGCCGUUGUUGGCGCUAACACUGAGGUCGUCAACGCCGAUGGGCGCAGGGUCCGUGGCCGCAAGUACCCGUGGGGUAUCAUUGAGGUCGACAACGAGGAACACUGCGACUUCGUCAAGCUCCGCCAGAUGCUCAUCCGUACCCACAUGGAGGAGCUCAAGGAGCAUACCAACAACGUCCUCUACGAGAACUACCGCACCGACAAGCUGCUCGCCAUGGGCGUCUCACAAGACCCGAGCGUCUUCAAGGAGGUCAACCCGGCCGUCAAGCAGGAGGAAGAGCGUCUCCUGCACGAGCAGAAGCUCGCCAAGAUGGAAGCCGAGAUGAAGAUGGUCUUCCAGCAGAAGGUUGCCGAGAAGGAGGCCAAGUUGCGGCAGAGCGAAGAGGAGCUCUAUGCUCGCCAUCGCGAGAUGAAAGAGCAACUCGAGCGGCAGCGGAUGGAGCUCGAAGAGAAGAAGGCAAGACUCGAGAGCGGGCGGCCACUGGAGAAGGAACCAAAGCGGAAGGGUUUCUCGCUUCGGUAA